CAGUUGAUUUUAAUGAGUAUGUUCGACAUCUGUUUUGGAGGUAAAUCAGUCUUGUUUACGCCCUCUUCAGUGACACCGCUAAGGCUCGCCUUGAAGUAAAAGAUUAGUUUCUGCAGUGCUAAAACGAUUGAAAUUAAAUAUUAACGUCUUCAAGUAUCUGAUAGAUUUGAUAAGUUAUAUAGACAGAAAAAAAAACACAGUUAUGGAUGUGUUGUCCUGGCCUUGCACUCAGGCGUACACAGCGUUCAGUGCAUGUUUACUGACAGGAUGCAUCUACUCGUUGUACGAUGACGAGGACAAAGAUUUGCUUAUUGAGAAAAAUCUCUCUCAGGACUCACCCUCCGGCAGGACAGACGAUGACAAUGUCAACAACGAAGAAUUAUAUUCAACUGGUUUGUGGUGUCACACUACAGGGAGCUUAUGCAUGUGGGUCCUUGUGAAUACACUGUGCUGUUUUCUCCUGCUUAUGGGAAAAUGUAUCCAACUUGUUGUGUUUGGUGAUCUCAGAAUCAAUGAAAAGCAGAACCUCAAGGACAAAACCUGGAACUUUCUAUUCAACAAGCUGAUCUUUCUGUUUGGUGUGCUGAAUGUACGGACAGAAAGAGAGAUGGCCAUGUGGUGUCUGUGCUUCUCUGCUCUUCUUUUUCUCCAGCUGUUGGCACAGCUCUGCAAAGAUCGUUUUGAGUUUCUCUCAUCUUCCCCCUCCAGCACGGCACUGGGAAGCCAUAUGCAUUUGUUGUUGGUGUUGAUGUGUUUGUUUGUGUCCUCUGGGGGGCUCACCAUCAUAUGCGUACUGCUGGGGUUUUCCUUUGGUAUGCACACACUCUCCUUUAUGGCAGUCGAAUGCCUAAUGGUAUCUGUUUAUGUGAACCAUUCAAUUCUUCGGUACGCAAUUCACCUCUAUGACCUGAUGUGUGAUAGUUCCUGGGAAGGUAAAGAGGUCUUUAUUUAUUACACAGACUUUGUCAUGGAGAUGGGUAUUCUCCUCCUAGAUAUGAUGCACCACAUCAACAUGCUGCUAUAUGGGAACGUUUGGUUCUCAGUGGCUGAUUUAUUUAUACUGACACACAUACGAUUCUUGGCAAAAGAAAUGCAGCGCAAAUUAUUUCAACACAAGAACUACAUGCACAUAUAUGAUGUUAUGGACACAAGGUUUUCAAUGGCUACAAUGGAAGAGCUGGCAUCUCGUGAUGACAGAUGUGUUAUUUGCUGGGAAAAGAUGUACACAGCAUACAAAUUACCCUGUGGCCAUCUAUUUCACAAGUCAUGUCUGCGUUCCUGGCUUGAGCAGAAUAUGUCAUGUCCUACAUGUAGGAUGUCUGUAAAUAUGAGUGGCGGUCAUACUGGAAAUGAGCAGGAGGGGGCAUUGUUCAGUUUGGGAGCAACUGAUGUGCCUAGCAGACCUCCAACCAGAUACCACAGUCAACUUUUUCAUUUUAAUGGUUCUCAAAUUUCAAACUGGCUGCCUGGCUUUUCAGUUGAAGUUUUGCACUCUCCUAAUUUAAUUAUUCUACUACAGGCAGACGACUCUCGGGGACAUCAGGAUGAAGAAAUUGUACCUGGGUUAGACCUAACUGAGUAGUAAAUUCUAUAGCUUUGGGAAAAAUGAGAAAAAUGUGCCACUGACCACAUUUCGGGAGGAUUCUCCUGAAGAGCUCAACACAAGAUUUACCUGAAGUUUUCAGCUGAGCAGGUUUAAAAAGAGUAAAUCUUUCAGCUCAAGUGGCUGGAUGACAUACAUUGAAAGGAAGUGUGUGACUGUACAGGGUGGAUGUGCUUUGGCCAAGUAGGAUGUAAUUUUGGAUUAACAUCAUGCUUGGAAAAUCACACAAAUUGAGUAGCGUAUGACACAAAUGUAGAAAUGUACACUAGACGUAACAAGACCGGCAUAUUUUGAACACUGAUUGGAAUAUUCUACCUAUCCAUUUAUUUCUUGAUAACACUGUCAAAAUCAAGUUCAAGGUUCAAAAUACUACUGUAAGUAAAGAACUCACUGUUUAAUGUAGUUUUAUAUAAAGAUCUCAGUCUAAACAGUUUGUUAAAAUACUUUCCAUUUUAAGUGUUUAAACAAAAAUGUGAAAUGUUUAGCAAUAUUUGAACAUGUUUUUUUUUUUUUUCAUGGACUAAAAUGUAAUUGUGACAAAUAAGAAUAAUCAUAAAUAAAAAGCUCUUUUUAAAUAUUUUUGAGAAUAUGUGGAUCCCAUACAAACCUCCAAAGACUUCCUUUUUAUCAGGCCCUUCUUUUAUUUUUGUCUUCACUAAGUACAUACUCAAUCUUGUUGACAUCACUAAGUCAGAAUAUGAAAAAAGUCUGUGCCUUAAAAAGGUGCAGUCCAGUCAAUCGCAGUCAACAGAAGGGGGCGACGUUUCUCCGAGAGCAUUUAAACUAAGACAUAAUGCUUGUAAAACACAUUGGCAUCUUAAAUUUCCGCACAGAAAAACAGAAUGUGAACCUCUUCACGUCCAUGAGUACAUUACACCAGUCUUCUUCCAGACACG